GGACCCAUGAAGGUGAAAACUCCACGUGGGCAGUCUUGGUGGAGAGUGAGAUGCGAUUCAGUUUGUUUCUUCCACCACCAUUGUCAUCUUCUCUUCCAUGUCUGACAAUCCCACCUCAACACUAACGUACACUACCUGAUAUGUUGGGCCGAUCGACGGCGCUCGCUCUUCUCUUCAAGGACGCCGUCACCUGGUGGGACACCGUCAAUAGGUCCCCCAUUUGGCAGGAUCGGAUUUUCCACGUCCUCGCCGCUCUCUAUGGACUGGUCACCGUUGUUGCUCUUGUACAAUUGGUAAGGAUACAAUUGAGAGUACCAGAGUAUGGUUGGACUACACAGAAAGUAUUCCACUUCCUCAAUUUCUUGGUUAACGCAGUUCGAUGCUUAGUAUUUAUAUUCCGUAGGGACAUUCAAGAUUUAGAGCCGGAGAUUGUCCAACAUGUAAUGCUUGACCUACCGAGCCUUGCUUUCUUCACUACUUAUGCACUAUUGGUGUUGUUCUGGGCAGAGAUCUAUUAUCAGGCUCGUGCUGUAUCUACUGAUUGGCUUAGGCCCACUUUUUACACAAUCAAUGGUGUGGUGUAUGCCAUUCAGAUAGUUUUAUGGUUAGUCCUAUGGUGGAAGCCCCUACAUGUAACAAUUGUUUUGUCCAGAAUGUUCUUUGCAGGUGUUUCUUUAUUUGCGGCCCUGGGGUUUCUUCUCUAUGGUGGAAGGUUGUUCUUAAUGUUACAACGAUUCCCUGUAGAAUCAAAAGGACGACGCAAAAAACUACAGGAGGUUGGCUAUGUGACUACUAUAUGCUUUUCAUGUUUUCUCAUUCGAAGUAUUAUGAUGUGCUUUAAUGCGUUGCAGACAGCUGCUGAUCUAGAUGUUCUGGAUCAUCCUGUGUUGAAUUUCAUAUAUUACUUCUUGGUGGAGAUAUUACCUUCGGCACUCGUCCUAUUUAUAUUGAGGAAGCUGCCCCCAAGACGUGGGAUCACACAAUAUCAUCCAAUUCGGUAACGCCUUUGUUUUGGAUGUUUUGAGGUUCAAGACUUUAGUGAUUAAUUCGAGCUUUGCAUUUUCAAUUUUGUACUAAUUUAUACUACACUUUGAACAACUAACCAAAUCUGUCUAUUGAAAGCCCAUUUACAUUUA